AUGAUCUCUCCCACCUGUGCACAAGAACCAGAGUUAGAAAACUUGCAGUCCCAAGCAGCCACUCCGUAUGAAGAUCAUGCUGCUCAGUCCGCCCAUUUUGAUGAAGAAAGUCUCCGUCAGUUGGCUCUUAAAAGUUUCAUCGGAAGUCUUCAAUCUACCUCCGUACAUUUCACGAACUCUUCGCCAUCACCAAAACAAAUUACUGACGUACCUUAUCUUGAGGCCGAGUUAUCGGAGAAGAAUGCACCCGAGGAUACUCCUUCGAAUGUUUCGACGGAUGAACUUGAACUUCGAAAGAAAGCCCUACUUAGUUUCUCGAAACACGCAAAUCACAGCCAGUCCUUAUCCUCUGCAGACACGGAAGUUAAGGCCGGGUCCCUUCCAGUUACUUCGCCCUCUCACUUACAGCCACCUAUUCCCCAGCCAAAGUCACGAUUCAUUGUGACGCUCAGCGCCUCAUCAGACGAAUCGAGUGACGAUGAGUUGCAAUCCACGUGUCAUGCAGCGCCGGUGGUUAGCGUCACUCUUGGCUGUACUUCUGUCCGAACACAAAGCGUCCUAUCCUCCCAACCGUCAGUUUCUAAGACUACUUUGAAGCGUUCGCAAACAGAAACCACCCUCUCUUUGUCGGAAAAUGGCGUUUCCAACGGCAAAAAGAUGUCACUUUCUGUGUCUACUGCCAGCCUCUCCACCCUUGUCAAUAAGUCUAAACCACUAACGGGUGCCCUGUCUGUUAAACGUUCCACGCCUCAGCUCUCUCUAGAUUCCUAUAAAAAACUGGUUUUGCGUCAGGCUACUAAAGUCGAGCAACUUAAACUAAUCCUAAAACGUCAGCAGAAGCUAGUAGUAGAACGCAAAAAGACUGAAGCAAAAUUAACCACUGCUUUAGCUACUCUCAGGGCCAAAUUACAGCGUACUUUAGAGUUGCAGUCUAAUGCCCGCCUAGCUACUAUGCAGGUAAACAGGCAGAAGUCGAUGACAGUAACGGAGUUUCAACGUGCUCAACAGCAGCUACUUAGGAUGAAUAGUGCUGCUGAACAGAUGGCUCGGAGGGCUGCCAUUUCUAGUCAGAAAACCAAACCGAAAACAUUGCCACCGCCACCGCCCCCGUUACCGCCUCCUCCCCCACCACCACCGCGACCUCCUUUGCCCCCUCAGCUUCCGUCACCGACCUUCAUUAAUGCCGUCAAAAAUUUAAAGGCUCUGCUUCCGCAGCUUGAGUCAUCCUUUCGCAUUUCAUCGCCAUUUUUCGGAUACUUUGGCCUACCUCAACCCCAAUUAAAUACGACAGAUAAGUCCGCAAAUCGUCCAAUGAAUGCAACGUCCUCCAAGUCUACUGAAGUUAUCUGUGCUGAAAAAAUUGACCCCCUCACACCAAUAUGUCCGUUUUUUCUCGACGGCAAUUGCCUUGAUUCUGCGUGUAAAUUUCAACACCCCUCCACUGGCUUGACUAACCCGCCUGUGCUUUCGCGACAGCGAUACAGAGGCAUUUAUUCCCCGGCCAACAAGGAUAGGGCCCAUUCUCCGGGUUCUUGUUCUGUUUGUCCCGUUUGUAAUACUGUUUUGAAUGAAGUUUCUGAUGAAGUCCCCCCACACUGUGACAACUUAACCAACUGGCAUUCAAUCUACGCAAAUUUUCCAAGCUCGGACAUCGAUUGGACCCGUCUCUUUGUCCUCACUUCGCCAACUAUCAGUUCCUUCUCAGUUGACAGACGCCUCAUAGUACAUCAUCUGUAUACAAUUUUACAGUUACGUGAGAGCCUUUCGAACGAUUUUGUGAGCACAGUUAUCAACUGUCUAGCUUGUUCAGAUUUUUCCGUCCACUUUGUUGCCUACGUCGUAAGCCACCCCUCACUUACUCUAUCACUUCGCCGCCAGCUUCUGAGGGCUGCCUUGCGGCACCUUCUGAGGGAAGCCCACUGCCACAUUGAUUCAUUUAAGCAAUCAGUGCGCCUAUUAAAUCCCAUAACCACAGUCGUUUUCUAUGCAGCCAAACUAGAAUGGGCUGUGUGCCGUUCUCGGUUUGGUCUCCAACUGGCUGACGAUCUUUUAGGUUUUACUAAGAUAACUUGGAGGCAAUUGCCUCCUAGUCAUCCAGCCCGCUGGGGCGUUUGGUACCUUCGUCUUCUGUUUGGUUUGUCUAACACUUUUCCACAAGACGAUUUCAUCCGCGCCGCCGGUCAUGUAGUUCUCUUUGAGUCUGAACAUUUGCUUAGACAGGCCAAUCUCUUUCGUAAUGUUGAGGAUGAUUUGGGCUUUCCCACUAGCGUUCGGACAUUUUUGGCCGACUGUCAGGCCGCUGAAUUGCCUCAGUCUACCUACUCCUUUGUAUUGUCUUUCAUUCACGUGUAUGUACAAUUCCUUGCGGCUGCUGGUGAGAAUGCACAAGCGGCCGCUUUUUGUCUGAAAUUUUUGGAGCCUGCUGGCGCCCUAAAACUCCAGGAUAAUCUUCUUUUCGCGACCGCUGUCAACUUUUCGAGCCUCUGCCUCCAAGCUGGUGAUGUCGAGGCCUUCAACUGUGUCUCAAACAUUGCUGACCAUCGCCUUCAGAGCGAGUAUGCUUUUCUCUUUGCCUGUCUUAUGCAUCGCUCCGGAAAGACAGAUUUAUGCUGCAGUCUGCUCUCCGAACUGGUUGGGAGCCUUGUGUUUCUGCCCUCAGUAGAGCCCUCGUCGGUAUAUCCCGCUUUUCGUGUCCUUCUUGGCUUGACCGAACCGUUUAACCUGAAGGGAUUCGAGCCACGUUUCCUUCUCUUCCUUUGGAUGUGCUGUGGUCUGUACUCUACCUCCACUUCCUCCAAUGAUUCGCUCUUGCAGGAUUUAUUGCACUACCUUAUUACAAACUGUCAGGCUUUUGACCUUGGUUCCUUUUAUUUUGGAGAUAGCUUCCCGUUCCCUUGCAUUGCUCUGCUGAUUCAUUUAGGUCUGCAUUUGGCCGCCUCCGAGAACUCACCCCAAGCCUACAACUCUGCCUUAGAGACCCUCCUCUUUCUAGAACUUUUCACUGGAGAUAGCUCUUUUUGCGACUCACCGCCUCCCUGGUUCCUAGAACUUCUUCAGCAGAUUAACUGGAGCAAGUUUACUGAAGAGCAUCCGCCUGACAGUCUGUGCUCAACCCCGAGAGCCCUCAGGAUGGAGUUUUGCUGCCCCUCUAAGCUUAGCAUUUUUGAGUUCUUAGUCACUUCACAUGCGUUCUUGGUGCCCCUUCCAAUUCCUCGCGGUCGUCUUGUCCUCGAGGCUGGAUCGGCAAAGGCCUCCAGCAAUCACUUCAUGGAUGCUCAGGAGAGCAGACAUUUAUACUCCAACGACAGCCGACGCUAG